UGUUCUAAACGAUGUUCAUAGGGCCAUGGUGGAUGACGCUCUUCUGACCACACAUCCUAUUGUUGUUGACGUCACGUACCCGGAUGAGAUUUCUGCAAUCUUCGAUACCAUUUCAUACCAGAAACCGCCUUCAAGGUCAAUGUCCAGCUAUCCCACCCUGCAAGCUGGGUGAAGUUCAACGUGGACACCAAAGGGUUCUACAGGGUAGACUACCCUUCUGAUAUGUGGAAGCGAUUGUCCAGCCACCUGCUCACUACAGAUGACGUCACGACAUGGCGGUUGACAGCUUCAGACAGAUCCGGUCUACUCAGUGAUGCCUUUACACUGGCUCAAGUUGGUCAGGUGACCUACGAUAUACCCCUCGGAUUGGCUAAAUACCUCACCAAGGAAAGAAACUACGUUCCGUGGGCAUCGGCAGUCGCUGAUGGUCUCCAGUACAUCAGCUCAAUGAUGCAGUUAGACCCACAUUACGAGCUUUGGGAGAUCUACGUCAGAUCACUUGUCAAUCCUGUUCUGGAUAAGAUGGGCUGGAUGAAAACAGGAUCACACCUAGAAAGGCAAGUAUUUAAUAUCAUUAUUUCUCUAUUGUAUUAUUAUGACCACUCAUAAACUCACACAGCUGCAUAA